GCCCUCCUCUGGAUGCAUUCCAACAGGUCCAUGUCUCUCCUGUGCUGAGGACUCUGCAUCUGGACAUGGUACUCCAAAGAUUACAAUGGUUGACACAGAAAUGCCGUUUUGGCCCGUUAAUUUUGGAAUUAGCCCAGUGGAUCUGUCUACGAUGGAUGAUCAUAUGCAUUCCUUUGACAUAAAGCCAUUUACCACUGUUGACUUCUCAAGCAUUUCUUCACCACACUAUGAAGAUAUACCUCUUGGAAGAGCUGAUCAAACGAGCAUGGAUUAUAAGUAUGAUAUCAAGCUCCAGGAUUGCCAAAGUGCAAUCAAAAUGGAGCCUCCUUCUCCACCCUAUUUUUCUGAAAAAGUGCAGUUAUACAAUAAACCACAUGAGGAGUCUUCCAACUCACUUAUGGCUAUUGAAUGUCGUGUGUGUGGGGACAAGGCCUCUGGAUUUCAUUAUGGAGUUCAUGCAUGUGAAGGCUGUAAGGGCUUUUUUCGAAGAACAAUCAGAUUAAAGCUCAUUUAUGACAGGUGUGAUCUUAACUGUCGCAUCCAUAAGAAAAGCAGAAAUAAAUGUCAAUACUGCAGGUUUCAGAAAUGUCUUGCAGUUGGAAUGUCACAUAAUGCCAUCAGGUUUGGGCGAAUGCCACAAGCGGAGAAGGAGAAGCUCUUGGCAGAGAUUUCCAGCGACAUCGACCAGUUAAAUCCUGAAUCUGCUGAUCUGCGAGCGCUUGCCAAGCAUUUGUAUGACUCAUAUAUAAAGUCCUUCCCUCUGACCAAAGCCAAGGCAAGGGCGAUCUUGACAGGAAAGACGACAGACAAAUCACCAUUUGUUAUCUACGACAUGAACUCUUUAAGGAUGGGAGAAGAUCAGAUCAAGUGUAAGCAUGCAUCGCCACUGCAGGAACAGAACAAAGAAGUAGCAAUUCGCAUUUUCCAGCGAUGUCAGUUUCGCUCUGUGGAGGCAGUGCAGGAGAUCACAGAAUUUGCGAAGAACAUUCCAGGUUUUGUGAAUCUUGACCUGAAUGAUCAGGUAACUCUCCUGAAAUAUGGUGUCCAUGAGAUCAUAUAUACUCUCCUGGCUUCUCUGAUGAAUAAAGAUGGAGUUCUUAUAUCUGAUGGACAAGGAUUCAUGACACGGGAGUUUCUGAAGAGCCUGAGAAAACCUUUUUGUGACUUUAUGGAGCCCAAGUUUGAGUUUGCUGUGAAGUUCAAUGCACUGGAAUUAGAUGACAGUGACCUGGCAAUAUUUAUAGCUGUCAUUAUACUAAGUGGAGAUCGCCCAGGGUUGUUAAAUGUGAAGCCCAUUGAAGAUAUACAAGAUAAUCUGUUGCAAGCUUUGGAGCUCCAGCUAAAGCUCAAUCAUCCAGAGUCGUCACAGCUGUUUGCAAAAUUGCUUCAGAAAAUGACGGACCUCAGACAAAUUGUAACAGAACACGUGCAGCUGUUGCAAAUAAUAAAGAAAACGGAAACAGAUAUGAGUCUUCAUCCACUCCUACAAGAAAUCUAUAAAGACUUAUAUUAAUGGCGAUAGUAGUUCUUAUCCUCUGACAUAAUGUAUGUUCUUCAGAUUGCACUAUUUCUUUGAGAGAAAACUUUGCAUACUUAAGAAAUUACUGUGAAACAGCAUUUAAAGAAGAGAGAGCUUAGUAUAGUAGAUCUAUUUUAUGCAUAUUGUUUAUAAAGACACAUUUACAAUUUACUUUUAAUAUUAAAAAUAUCUAUAUCAUGAAAUUGUUGGCAGUAUUUUCAGAAUUAAUUUUUUUAACUAUCUUAUUUCUUAAAAUUGCUUGUCCAGUAUGAUUGGUGCUUGCUUCACUGAGGUUGGUUAAGCAUGCAGUUAAAUUUUCAACUUAAAAAUAAAAAUCUUUCUCCUUAAACAUUUCUAGGGAAACAUUUUAAGUAUUAUGUUUGAUUCUGUGCUCCCAAGGCAGCGGCAAAAUAACAAUGAAGUUGAAUCAUGGAUUAGUAUAACUUCACACAAGAACUCAAAAGGUAAAAGUUAGACAUGUCAGGUCUAGUAGUUGUUCCUACCAUAAUAAAUUUCCACGUUGAUAGAGUUCUGUAACGAAGACUUUGUAUGAGUUAGGCCCAUCAUUUAUGGGAAAACUCCAAAACUUGACUCCGUUUCAAGCAUUAAUUGAGGAAUAUGCACUGCUCAUUGCUCUUAGGAAGCAGCGUUAUCAGUUGCUCUGCUCACACAGUAACAAGACAGGUGGAGAAGCAGUCUGCAUGAAGAUGCAGUGCAGCUGCCUCUCUGCCAUGAUCUGCAAUGCACAUGCCACACCAGAUAGUGCUAAUGCAGCCUUCAGCUACACUGGGAAGUCUGUUGUUGGAAUGGGUUCACGUAAUACCACAGUUAUUUGAUGAACUCUUACUGAAAAAUAUACUCAAUCAAAACACUAUGGAAAAUUGGAAUAGGAUGACACCUCUUAAAUAAAAACAAGAUUUGAAUUCAUUCUUGAAAACAUAAACCUGUAAUGGAAACCUUCGUGUUUUAAGAUAUCAUUAUCACUGGGAAUGAGAAUGCUUUUGAGAGGUUCAAUGCUUUAAGAUUGCUAAUUUUAUUUUAUACGUUACCCUAUAGUGUCAAACAAGAUUUCCACAGGGAGCAAAGCAUAGGAGAACGCGUAAAUUAAUUAAAAGAUAAAGUUAGUUACACUAUCUCCUUUUGAUAUUCUCAGUACAAUUGUGAGGUUCUUUUAAAUUCACAUGUAUUGUGGCCACAUUUACUUAGACACUUUCAGUGGUCAUAUGUAAGUGGACCAAAAGGGAGUAGAAUUGGGAAUAGGUGAGCAGGCUCAAUUUUCAGUGAGUCUAAAUUGGCCUUCCUACCAAUGUGGCCCUUGGAAAUCUUAGUUGGUACAAAAAAGAGGCUGUCAGAAUUAAAAUAAAUCCUUGUGCUUAUGUCUUACAUAGCUGAAAAUAUUUCCUACUGCUUAUUUCAGACAACCUCUGGGCCUAUGGUCAAUAGUGAGCAUUAUGCUUACCAGGAAGUGAUUGGAGAAUUGGAUCAUUCAGCAUCAAGGUUUAAAAUCCAGAGAUGAGAUUUCAGUGAGAUGAAGUCAGUGUGAGGCUAAACAGCUUUGAUCUUCACUAAGUUUCAGGUAACUUAGAAAAACUGCCCUAAAACAAAUGGUGUGUUCUGUGUUAAUGCUCCAAAGUCAUGUUUUCCUGCACUUUAGAUUAAGGCACAUUGCAUGAACUGAGCAUUAGAUUCUGACAGGGAUUACAUGCACACUAUUUUGUGGUUGUGACCAUUCAGAAGAAGUUCUUUCACGAACUUGUUUUCCACUGGGCACUGGCCAUUUGAAGUUUUGCCAUCUAGCACUUAUUGGAGAACCUCUGUUUAAUUACAGAGUUCAUCCCUCUAGGUGGACAUAUCAAAGACUAACUGGUACCAAGAUAGACCACAGUUCCAAAACCAAAUUCCUAUUACAGUAACACACUGUCAAAACUAUUAAUCUGAGACUGCAUUUCCCAUACAACCCAAUUUCAUAUUCGUAUCACUGGAAAUGAGAUACCAGAAUUAGAUUUAAAUAAAGAGUAAUGCUGGGGCAUAUUCAUACAUGAUUAUCAUUAAACGUUAUUUGAAAAGGACGGUGGAAAAGAUGCAUUUAAAAUGAAAUUAAAUUAAUGACUUUGUCACGGCAAGAACUUCUCUGUAACUAAGAAGCACGUUAACUCAGAGAUUAAUCUGCAUCAUUACAAGUGGUAGUAUUUUCAUAUCAGUUUAGCAGUUGCACUGCUUGAGGAUUGCAGCCUAACGCAGACGUAUACAAUGCAUAUGUUUUGAGAGUGGUAAUGUAAUGGUGGUCAUAAUGCUCUAAAGAUGAAAGAGAAGACAGAUUUGCAGGACCGGGUGUUAACCUUUUUUAUUUUGGGGGGACUAACGCCCCAAAAGCCUAUACUUUUAAUUCAACUGUAUAAGCUGCUUUAAUAAAAUAUAUCAUUCUCCCUACAUCCUGGCUUCUCUUACAUUUUGAUAAUUAUUUAUCAUGUUUUCCUCAAGCCAUGGAAAAUGUUAAUUUUUAUGUGAAUUACUAAUCACAGAAAUGUUCUAAUUCUAAACGGUUACAUCAUGGUUGGGAAGUUUUGCCUAAAAUACUUUUCUACAAGAAUAGGUCUUAAGGGAAAAAUGUUUAUUUAAUGGACAAUUGCUGUGUACUAAUUUAGAACAAAUGACUGUUAUGAGGAUAUGAAAACAUUUUCUCAAAAAACA